UAAAGUUGUACACAUUACCAUAUCAAGAAUAAUAUGUAGUAUAGUAUGUACAAAGUAAAUCAAUUAAAUAUCAACUGUUUGAAUGUAACAAUGUCAAGUGCCAAUUAAUAUAAAGUGUAUUCCUCAGCUGGUCGGUAACAAUUCAGUAGUCGCUCUUAUCAGAGCCAGUUUCUUUCAAUAAGUUGUAAAUAACGACAAAACUAUGGAUCUAACCGAAGAGACUAAAAAGCUGUCUAUUAUCGAUGAGAAUUUACAGACUAAACGAACUGGGUAUAUAGACUGGCAGGAAUAUUUUAUGGCAACGGCUUUCUUAGCGGCUAAACGCAGUAAAGAUCCAAGUUUUCAAGUGGGAGCUUGCGUUGUAAACAGAGAUAAUAAAAUUGUUGGAAUAGGAUACAAUGGUAUGCCAAUAGGAUGUAAUGAUGAUGAAUUUCCUUGGGGAAAAAAUACACCAUCACCAUUAGAUAGUAAAUAUUUAUAUGUUUGUCAUGCAGAAAUGAAUGCAAUAGUAAACAAAAACUCAGCGGAUGUCAAAGAUUGUAUCAUAUAUGUUGGAUUAUUUCCGUGCAAUGAGUGUGCUAAGAUUAUUAUACAAUCAGGCAUCACUGAGGUUGUCUAUUUAUCAGACAAGAAUGGCCACAAACCAACAUACAUUGCUUCUAAAAGGAUGUUUGAUGCUGCCGGAGUCAAAUAUUGGCAAUUCAAACCAAAGAAUGAUAAAAUUGUGAUCAAUUUCACUGGCAUUGAUUGGGAAAACAUGAGUCCAUCAAAAUGACUACUGUCAUAUGUGAUAAUAUUUUGAUAUUACUAUA